AUGUUGUUUGAAUGCCCACCAGCCCGCCAGGCCUGGGCUCUAUCCCCUAUCCCAACGCCACUACAGUCCUUUCCUACGGAUGCACUUUUCUCUAAUAUGGCACACCUCUUUUGGGGUCUUCCAAAGGAUGAUGAUAUGCUCAUAUUUCCUUGGUUACUAUGGUUCAUUUGGAAAGCACGUAAUUAUAAAGUCUUUUCAAAUGAUGACCAUGAUCCGCGGGAUGUUCUGGAAUCAGCGAUAACAGAAGCACGUGCAUGGGCUACUGCACAAACGGGAGAAAUAAUUGGACCAAUGGCUAGGGUCUCAUAUCCACGGACUGAGAUCGAGGGUUCAAUCUUGGUGGGCUCUUGUAAUUUACGGCGAGGUUUAUCACCUCUGCAGACAGAAUUGGAAGCAUUGGUUUGGCAUUGGUUUGGGCUAUGCAAAGACUGGCCGGCUUUUGCGAUUUUGCUUGAAGAGGUGGAGAAGUGCAAAAGGAGCUUCCAGGCGUUCUCUCUAACUCAUAUCCCAAGGACGAAGAACACGAAGGCGGACAAGCUAGCACGGAGUGCUCGAGAUCAGCCUUAUGACGUGUAUUAUGUAAACACAGUUCCACCGGUCACACUUCCUGUGCCGCUUUAG